AUGACGGCACUCUUCUCCAUCCCCAUCUCCACAGGCGGGACCUUCGUCUGCAGCACAGUUAAUACCCCAGAAGAAGAAGAAACAGGCAAGAAGAAAGGAGAUAAUAGUUCAAAUGAAAAUAAGAUCUACCUGCUCACAUUCACCUCGCCGCCCGACAACCGGCUCACUCCCGCCUUCAUCGACGCCUUCAUCCUCGCGCUGGAUAUCAUCGAGCAUCGGUUCCCGAAAGGCGUCGUCAUCACGACGAGCGGCAUCGGCAAGUUCUUCAGCAAUGGCUUGGAUCUGGAGGUGGUGACGAGCACAGACUGGUUCUGGGAGAGGUAUCUGUGGAAGCUGUUUCGGAGGUUGCUGACAUAUCCCCUCCCAACUGUCGCUCUCGUCAACGGCCACGCCUUCGCCGGCGGCCUCAUGCUGGCCAUGUACCAUGACUACCGCGUCCAGAACCCCUCUCGGGGAUUCCUCUGCCUGAACGAGAUCCAACUCGGUGUGCCGCUGCAGCCGCCCAUGACGAGCAUCUUCCGCGAGAAGGUGCCGUCGUCGAUCACGCUGCGUUCGUUGAUUCUCGAGGGCAAGCGGUUCACCGGUCCGCAGGCGCUGAGCGCCGGGUUGGUAGACGCGCUGGGCGGGCUCGACGAGGCUGUCAAGCUCGUUCAGGACCGCAAGCUGCAUGCGCUGGGCCAGUCGCCAGCGUACACGGCCCUGAAGGAAGGCUUGUACCGGCAGACUCUGGCCGUGUUGGACGACGAGGCCGGCAACCAGGCCUGGCGAGACUGGAUGGAAAAGAUCAAGGAGGCCAACUCCGAGGAGGCACUGAGCAGGGUGAAGCGGUGGGAAGCGCAGGGCAAGGAUGGAGGGGUCAAACUGUAG